AUGAGCUACCUCCCCCUCCAAGCCCCGUCGUCGUCCACGUCCCAGUGGCCCCAAUCCCUCAUCAGCCAGUUUCCGGCUCCUCCAACGACAAGUCCUCAACCACAACAGUCCUAUGCGGCUCCCAUGAUUAUCUCUCUCGGUGAGGAGUAUACCGAUGCAACUUUGCCCGCGACAUCUUCGUCCACCUCGUCUGGGCCCUCGUCGACCAUGCAUUCCUAUCUCCAGCUCGAGGACGAAGAUGAAGAAGAAUAUGGAGAUUACGACGAGAGCACCGACGACGAGACGUCGGAUUCAGAUUCAGACGAUGACUAUACUCCUACCUCGCCAGAGACGUCUCCUUCGUCCAAUGCCCAUUUCCACCGACGCAGGAGAAGCCAGUCGAUGAACAAUGUUUUCCCGAGCGCAUUGUGGCAUGCCGAACAUGCCCGCCUCAUCCGCAUCCAAAAUGCGGUCAUGGACAGCGAGCGUGCUGCCCGCACUCGCGAACUCAAGCUCGAAUCCGAAGUCGCGCGUAUCAAGGAGGACCUUGCAAAACUCAAGCAGGCACGCGCUACCGCUUCCGUCCCCUUGUCAAAGGGCGCUGUCUCGACCUCGCCGACCCGACCUCUGCAUCCGGCGGGACCCAGGGGUCCCAGACCGCGACCAAACUCGGCAUCGUCUACUCAAUCGAGCGGAUCCACCGCCGCCGUUCAACGCGGGUCAGUUUGCACUCAAUUGGCGUCUAUCCCUUCCGUAAGGUCGACUAGUGGCGAUAUUGGCGCCCGUGACGAAGGAGACAUUGCUGGAGAGGAAGAUGAGGCAACCACGGUGCUCUCCCAUCAUUUGACCCAAGCGCGCUCUGCGCGCGCCCAAGAGAGGCAGCGCCGGCGUCUCGAGCAUGAAAGAAUGCGAGAGCUCAACAUGUUGCUCACUCUCGGGAGCGAGGUUCGCAAAUGGGAGGAGCGUCUGGCCUGGUCGUCGAUGGCCAUGUCUCGUGCCGCCACGUCCUCGGACGACAUUCAUCUCUCCAACGACAGCUCAACCGCGAAUACGGACACGGAUCCGGACCCACGCGGAAAGCGUCUUUCACGUUCGUUUUCCCUCCCUUCCUCGCGCGCGAGCCACCAUCACGGCCACCAUCACGGCCACCCUACCACCAUCAACGGAUCACGUAGUGGCACCAGCACUCCCGUAUCGCCAGCCCUCCCCUCACUUUCACUCUCCCCUUUGUGGCGUGUCUCGGCAGAGAUGAUUCUCCGCCGACGAUCCCUCUCUGAGCGACCCCGACGAACAACCAAUCCUCAUCAACAGCAACAGCAAAUGAACGGGGCAAAGAGGAUGUGCGUUUCGACUAUUGAACAGACCUGCGCCCCUUCGACAUCGAGCGCCGCCCAGACCCCUGUUCCAGUCUCGACACCGGCCCAACCCCAUUCGACAACGGCCACAUCCGCUCUUUCUCGACCAACCCACGUCCUGCGCGGGCCACGCGAGCGAUCGACGCAGAUAGGCGUAUCCUCUGCAGCAGCAACGGCCAGCAACAAGCUGAUGGCAGCAACCACAACGAAGACAUUGACAACAGAUUCCGAAACGUUAACCUCGUCACGAGUCCCUGGAAUGUCUACCUCUGCCACCACCUCUUCCCUGUCCGUUAGCAUCACAGACGGCACAUCGUCGGGCCCCAUUUCGCCAUCGUCGGGGAAACGCUACAGCGUCCCUCCUCCGAUUACAAUUCCGUCCAAUGCACAAUUCUGCACGUCUACUGCCGUCUCUUCAAACGCAGUCGAAGGUGGCCCCAAGGUGGCAAUUGUCCGUGCACCAAGACCAACCCACCCAUCAGCAUGCGUGACACCCGCACGCUCGACGACCCCGAUCAAGCCAAGCGCACUCAAGUGGGCAUUUACGGCUGAUGAUCUGGCUCGCGAGCGAGAGAUGGAGGCGGCAAAGGAGGCCCAGCUUGCCAAGAUGCUGUCGACGUCGUGCUCGGAGAGCGAGUCGGACGACUCAAAGUCGUGCUCAGACGGUUCGUCCGCAGCUUCUUCGUCCUCGUCGUCUUCCUCGCAAGAGGAAGUAUCCGAGACGUCGCAGCAACGUCGUGGCCGCGCGCGGUUCUCGUGGAGAAAGUCAUUGCCCAAGGAUUCCAACAACGCGAGCAGCACUCCCGCUGUGCCCACCGUGCCUCUAUCCGUGGAUGCAUAG